CCAUCUAGAGCUCCCUAACUGCACCGGCCGCCACACCACCGUACCCCGACCCCUCGACAACAAUGGCCACCGUCCUAGGCAGCCCCCGCGCGCCGGCCUUCUUCUUCUCGCCGUCCUCCCUCCGUGCCGCGCCGGCGCCCACCGCCGUGGCGCUGCCUGCGGCCAAGGUGGGCAUCAUGGGCCGUAGCGCCAGCAGCAGGGGCAGGCUGCGCGCGCAGGCCACCUACAACGUGAAGCUGAUCACGCCGGAGGGGGAGGUGGAGCUGCAGGUGCCCGACGACGUGUACAUCCUGGACCAGGCCGAGGAGGACGGCAUCGACCUGCCCUACUCCUGCCGCGCGGGGUCCUGCUCCUCCUGCGCCGGCAAGGUCGUCUCCGGCUCCGUGGACCAGUCCGACCAGAGCUACCUCGACGACGGCCAGAUCGCCGCCGGCUGGGUGCUCACCUGCCACGCCUACCCCACCUCUGACGUCGUCAUCGAGACGCACAAGGAGGAGGAGCUCACCGGCGCAUAAUCAUUCAUGCCCAUCCAUCUCUAUCUCUGUGGGUCGUCGUUGUGUGUAAUUUGAGUACGCGCGUACACGUACUGCUUUUGUUUCAUUUGAGCACUGUUCGUGUAAGCGUCGAGUUGCCCUGCCAUCGUCUCUCUCUCUCUCGAUCUCUACUAUUUCUGUGUGUGCGCGCUUCUAUUUUUCCAAUGUUGAGUUACGCAUAUUUGUCC